UCUUGGCUUUAUUUCCCUUUCUUGUAGCUGAGAACUUCUCGCUGUGAUAUCGUCUAAAUGGCGGAUGAUUCUCGGACCAAUGUAGAGAAUUUCGGUCAGAGUCCAAUUGAAGAUAAAAAUCAACCUGAAGAUCAUAAACCAGCGUUAUCAGAUCUUUCUUGGAAGUACAAGGCUAUCAUUAUUCUUACCGUACUUACGCUUUCCAUUGGUAGCCAUUUCCUUUCGACCAUAUCUAAAGUUUUGAAAACCAAUGUAAAGCGGAAUCUCAACAUCAACAAUACCCAGUACAGCGUCUUGAUAUCAUGUGUUUCAGUACUUAACACAAUAAUACCCUUUUUUGCUGGAUCAUUAGUCGAUCGUUUUGGUCCAGUUCAAGCAACAUUAUUCGUCACUACUGCCAUCACGAUCGGCAGCCUGCAGCUUGCGUUAUCUGCUACCUUCGACAGUUAUGGCUUGAUGAUCUCUGGAGAGAUCUUUUUUGGCAUAGGUUCAGGUGUAAUAUCCGUCAUCGAAGAGGCCAUUCUGUCAAAAUGGUUCCGAAAUAACCAUCUAUCGCUCAUCAUCGGAGCUCAGCUUUGCAUCACACGAAUGGUCCAGUUUGUUGCCAACGUUGCUAGCCAGCCUUUGGUGGCUGCAGCACAGAAUUGGGCCUGGGCAUACUACGUUUCCCUUAUAUUGUGCUGUUUUUCCUUGGCGAUGAACGUUCUGUUUGCUUACAUGAUGUGGCACUUUGGAUACGUUACCUGGACGGGAAAACUUAUAACAGAUGACUUGCAUCUUGAUGAAAGGCGUAUCAAAUGGACGGCACCGCUGUUCUUUCCGUUGGUAUUUUGGAUGGUUCCGUUCAUGCAGUUGACCAUCUCGAGUGUAUGGAGUAGCUUUGAGUCUCUGUCAACUGAGUACAUUCAAUUCCGAUAUUCAACCACUUCUGUCUUGGCAGCUUAUAAAAGUAGUAUCUCUCAGGCGGUGCCUAUGGUCUUGGCUCCUGUUAUGGGAUUUAUCAUUGAUCGAUGGGGAAAAAGAUUGUCAUUCUUGUUGCUCUCAGCUAUUAUCUUGCUCGUUUCUUUCCUUCUAUUAUCUCAAACAUAUGUGAAUGCUGCCAUUGGCAUGACGCUCUUUUCUAUCUCUCUGGGCAUUGGAUCCAUCAUGAUCCUGACCAGUACCGCACUGACUCUUCCAAGAAAGUACAUUGGUACUGGUGUAGGAUUGCACAAAACGGCUAACAAUAUUGGUACAACAAUCAUCAGUGUAAUUGCUGGAUAUUUACAAGACCAUGCAUACCAUGACGGCGAUACGGAUUAUGAUGAGGAUAUUGCUGAAGAGUACAACGGAGUGAUGAACUUGUACCUCGCAUUGACUUCGCUCUCCAUCCUACUUAUAGUAUUUUGGUGGGUUUUGGAUCGCAUCAAACAGCAUGGCUGGCUAGAGGCUUCCAAGGCUGAACGAAAGAAGCGAUUACUGGGUCAAGAUGAAAGAGCCAUGGAGGAUACAGCAAAUUCAACCUAUUCUGACGAGCAGCUGGCUGCUACAGGAAGGCUGCUUUUGUCCAAAAAAACAUACCGAUACUGUGCUAUAUAUAUAUUCUUCCUUGUUGUAUCAUGGGCUAUAUUUUUUGCCUUCGCUCUCAUGCCCGUCUAUCAACAUGAAUCUUCAGAUGAUGAAGGAACAGUGAGCGGUGGCGGUUGAUAGUAACUCAGAUAUACCACUAGUAAUUGGUUAUUCCAGACAUAAUACCAUGCAAUAUUAAAGAACUAAAAGCCUUCAAUAUUUAAAAUCA